GGAUUCCUAACCUUUUUAUGCCGUGGCCGCAAACCACUGACCCGAAGUUACUGUGGGCCAGAAGUCACCACGGACCAGCAAACCAUGGACCAGAAGUCACUGCAGACUGACAAACUGUGGACCAGCAGUGACCGGCAUCCUGUGGGCAGAUAACAUUUGACUCCAAGAUGGGAAAACAGAACAGCAAACUACGCCCAGAAGUCAUGCAAGAUUUGCUAGAAAGUACAGACUUCACAGAACAUGAGAUCCAGGAGUGGUACAAAGGCUUCUUGAGAGACUGUCCAAGUGGACAUUUAUCUAUGGAGGAGUUUAAGAAAAUAUAUGGGAACUUUUUUCCUUAUGGGGACGCUUCUAAAUUUGCAGAACACGUAUUCCGCACCUUUGAUGCUAACGGCGAUGGAACAAUAGACUUUAGAGAAUUUAUCAUAGCCUUGAGUGUAACGUCUAGAGGGAAACUGGAGCAAAAGCUCAAAUGGGCAUUCAGCAUGUAUGAUCUGGAUGGAAAUGGAUACAUCAGUAAAUCAGAAAUGCUGGAAAUAGUGCAGGCUAUCUAUAAGAUGGUUUCCUCAGUAAUGAAGAUGCCAGAAGAUGAAUCAACACCAGAGAAAAGAACAGAGAAAAUCUUCCGUCAGAUGGACACCAAUCGAGAUGGAAAACUCUCUCUGGAAGAGUUCAUCCGAGGGGCCAAGAGCGAUCCGUCCAUAGUCCGUCUCCUCCAGUGUGAUCCCAGCAGUGCAGGGCAAUUCUAAACCAAUUGAUUGGAUGAAUUGUAUAUCUGCCUUUUUUUGCCAAACAACAUUCAUGGUGGUGUUGCCUCUGUAUGGCCAAUUAAUGCCUUCUUUUGUGGCAUCUUUUAGCUUCUUUUGUUGUGGAUUAAUUAUAAGAAUGCUGAAUUGCUCUUAACAAUUUGUCCAGAACACGGACAGUACUGUUUGCAACAGACAUCAUGGUGUUAAUUGUUUUAAAGAUUUUAUUUUGUUUUGUUUUAUUGUGUCUGUUUUCAAAGUAAGCAUCAAGAAGGAAAAAACCUGCAGCAACACACACUGACAGAUUUAGAUUGCUGCUUUAAUAGUUAGAAAUUUGCCCGCAGGAUCUGAAGCACUGUAAGUGUUGAAGUGCAAAGGGCUGCAUCAGGUGUAGUAUGUCCUGAUCUUCUGCCAAUAGGCACAAGUUAAAUUAUAAGACAGGAUCAGUACGAAGGGUUUGCACAAAUGUUGGCAAGUGACAACCCACUUCAACCCUUCUAUGACACCACAUUGUUUCAAGAUACUGUGAAUGUUGUGGGUUUUUUUAAGGAGUGUGGAGGAGAAAACAUGAUCAACUUUUUUACAAGGUUUACAAUGGUUGAUUUAGCAUGGUUGUAUUUGAAAAUCAAAGAUUUAUAAUCCAAAAACAAUCAGAGAGAUGCUACUGAAUCCAUUUGGGAAUCACCAGGCAGAUAUUGAAAACUGGGUCUGAAAGAUAAACUUAAGGGAGAUGUGUGUUUAGUGUGAGGUGUUCAGGCUAGGAAAAAAGUGUUUUUUACAUCAGGAGAAUGAGAGUUUGAUUAGCAUAGCAGCAUUGUACAACCUUACACAGCAAAUGCCAAGGCAAACCUGCUGAAUGUUCUUGUCCAUUCAGAAGUUCUUUUUUUUCUCUCUCUCUCCCUCUCUCUCUCUCUCUCCACAAAUAAUGCAGGUCCUAGGCCUGCUGUUACAGGGAAGCUAGUAUCAAAAACUGUUUGGAACAUAAAACUGUGGCAUUUGCAUUUCAUCUGCUUUAGUGGGGUUCAGAAAUCUGUAUGGAAACAAGGAAAUGGUACACUUAAUAGCAUAUUUAUAUAUGUAUAUAAAAAUUAAAGCAAGAUUAGCUACAAGAGAAAUGUGAAUGUUUAUCUUUUCACCUAGUUGCGGAAGGAUUUUUAAAAUUUGCUGCUGUAAGAUUGUAUCAUCUGGGUAGGGUCACUGUACUCGGAUCUGAGCCUAUGUUUGGGAUUUUGUGAUGAAUUUGCAAGUACUGAAGCAGCAUAACAUUUUAGUGCCAGGCAGCAUUAGGAUGACUGUGUGAGAGAUAAUCUAUCAUUUGUUGAGUCUGCUUUGGAAUCCUGUUGGCGAGCUAUGUCUGCAGUCAGCACACUAGAUCAGGAGUUUGUGAGACUGCCAUGGCAUAAUCUUUGUAGGAGAGGUGAAGGUGACAUUUGGUUAAGUGACCUUGUAGAUGCUAACCCCCUAUUAGCCUUAAUUUAAAAUAAAAAUGAAUAAAGUAGGUUAGUUCUGCUACUGCUAACUAGUUGAAUGCUAGUUAGCAAUCAGGAAAAAGUAGAUGGAUAUUACUAAUUUGUUUCUGGCCACUUACUAGCAAAACAUAUGUAGACAUUCAGAAAAGAGAAAAAAUCUUUGACUUAGCUAUCCUGUGUUUAAUAGUGGAGAUGCAUGAAAAUUAAUUCUCAAUAAUUAAUCAGUUCAAUUCAAGAUAUCAUCAGUGGCUAAGCAAACCUAAAUAAAAUGUCACCAGGUGCAUCUCUUGUCUCAAAGGGCCUAGAGGGCUUGCUCAGAAUCAGUUUACUUUCAGGUGGUUAGUGAAAUUCAAUUUAUGUUUUAUAUUGCUAAACAGAUUAAAAGACUAGACAAAAGCAUGUGUGCCAUGUGGAACAGACAGAUGCAGAAAGAGACAGGUGUCUCUAUGUAAUGCUAUUAGCUCUUUAUGGUGGUCCCUGGCCAAUCCUACUAUGAACUGAAAUGGGUUUAUCAAUUUCUCACCAGCUCCUUCUUUACUCUCUCCUCAGCCCCAUUAGAAACACCGGGCACAAAUGAGACCCUUUAAAGAAGAGCCUGUGAUCUCUGUGAUACUUUCAGUGUUCACAAGAAAUAGCCCCUGGAGACUCCCUGGGCCUUUGUACCUAGGCAAAAUCUGCAGAGAUGUCCUCCGGCAGCAUCAAAGAUCUGUUUGCUUGUUAGUGCUCUGAAGAUGGCUUUUUAUUUGUACAAAUCUGGCUAGAUACUUGGCUGGUGCAUGUUGCCCCAUGGAAGUUAAUGACCUCUAGCAAUUAAUGCUCUCAGCAGAUCUGGGUCUUUAUGAGACUGCACCAAAACUCUUCUCUAAGGUGCUCUGUUACCUUCACUAUCUGGAGUAAUUGGCUUAGAAAUCCUAGUGCCCAUAGGAAAAUGCUAAAGCUUUAAUCUCCAGUUUGUGUGCAGGCUCAUAGAUUAGAAGCAGACACAUUUAGAAAACCUGACAUUUAUUGGAACUGAAUUUGGAUAUCUCCUAUCAUUACAUCUUUUUUUUAGUACAGUGAAAGCAGUUGCAUUUGACUAAAACUAUUAAAGUGUUACCUUUUUUAAGCAGCUGCGUUCCAUCUCUUUUUUUCGUACCAGUAUAAGACUUUUGGUUCAGAAAUUAUUUUCUCAGUGUGUUCUUUUUUCCCCUCCUUUUGUUUUGGUUUUGUUUUGGACAGAAUCAAUCCAUGCGUUAAUACUUUCCUUUAAACAUGUGCUUGAAAAUCCAACUGUGAUGUGACCCUAGGCCAGUGGAGUUGUAAUUCUUUCCACUGGAACACAAAGUCUGGAAGACUAGAAGUAAUCUACAGCUGCAGAGGACAUAACUGGAGAUAUAGUUAUUGUAUAAACAUUUACAGAAUGUAUUAAGGUUAUUCCUUAACUGUAUUAAGGUUAUACCUGUAUUAAGUUUAUUCCUUUAACUUACAAUAUAUAUUGUUUCAAAAGAUUAACGAUCCCUUUCUUACUCUGUAAGUAAAAACAUCAUCUAUACUUUGAAAUUGAUCCAGAAUUUAAUUUGUUAAGCAGCCACCUGCAGUUUGCUAACAAAACAAAAUUGCAUUAUUUGUGCUCUUUAUUGUUUUGCUAAUUGUUGUUAUUGCUUUCAGUGAUAUCUUGAGAAGAGAUGGCCCAUUUGAAAUAAAACAUCACAGCAAGAUUAGACAUUUUUUUAAGUGACUGGAUUAACAUCUCUUUUAAGUUAAAGCACUGCAGGCAGGAUAGGCUGUUUGAUACCACUUCCUGCUACUUUGGAGGCAUAUUUUUCAGUAAUAUGUAUAUAUUUAGCAGGUAAACAACCAAUCUGGUACCUCAGAAAGUUUAGUGACUAGUAUGGAGACUUAAUACCUACAAAAGUACAUCCAAUACAAUUCCAGUUAUCUAGAAUUCUCACUUAAGCAUGGCUAUUUUUUGUUGUUGAGGACUAUCCAGAUACUGUGCCCUUAGCUGGCAAUACCACCCAGCUGUGCAGCCCAACUGGUAUUUGAUAGGCUGCAUUUGUUGUAAUAGCCAAACAGCAAAACCAGCCAGCAUUCACUGUCCUCAUCUCUGAAGACUGGGACCUUGGAUCACAGCCCCUGUAAAGCCAGCUGGUAUAUUCUCUGGUGCACUCUAGGUUUAGGUGAACUGAAGAACCACUAUCUUACUUGAAGCCCCAUGUAUCCAAAUGAGACCAGGUAAACAGAGCUGCAUGCUACCUCCUGCUGUGAUAGGAACAUUUAACACCUUGGAACAUUUCUCACUGUCCCUAUAAGAAAUACUUUGCUGUUUUCUGUUAGAAUGUUCUGUUCACUGUAAGGUUCACUCCCUAUAUAGCUACUCUCAAUGGGAGAUUUGUAAGUGCACCUAAGAUGAAAAGUCUGUACAUCUUGGCGCAGUACACAUCAUGAUCUGCAAACAGAGCUGCACCAAUAUGCAUCAUUUGUACUGUCAAAUGCCAUGGUACCCAGCAGGCUUGUAGGUAGAAUAGUUGGCUGCAGUGAGGGCAAUCUCUACAUUCAAAGCUAUCUUUGGAAGUGUUUAUUUGUCUCCCCUAUUUUAAACAGUGCGGCUUUUUAUAAACAUAGGAAAAAGGACAACCACCCAAGGAAACCAGUGCUGUCAGAAUGAGAGAAAAACCAUUAGCAGAGGCCACCAGCCAGAUGUAAUUCCUUGAAUUUCAUAUUCCAACCCUGUUCAUUAACACUAAACUGCUGUACCUGAUCUGGGUGGAAGUGUGAGUUUAAGUCCAGGAUCAUUUUCUAAAUUAAUCUUGUGACAGAACUCUGUCCCAUUGUUACCUGUGGUGGGAUGGUUUUUGGCUGCACAGGAUAGUGCCACGUGACUGAUAUGAGACCUGCUGAAAGUAAUACUUUGCUCAUCAUUUACAAAGUCAGCUGGUGCUUUUAAGCUCUGUAUCUUUCUUCAUUUCAUGUAUUUGAAGUUGGUUUAUAGCUUUUAUGACCUACUAUACUAUUUUAAAGGAUAACUAAGUUUGGUAAACAUUAGCCAAACAGGAUUGAAAGGGAGAACCAUACGUUGGAUCCCCAGUGUCUCCUACUCCAAUAUCAAGUCCAUUUCCAUCAAGCAGCAAGGUCACAGCUAGUAGUUAUGAGAAGAGUAAGUUAAUUGGCUUUAUUUUACUAGUAUGUUCUCCCAUGGUAUAACUGCAUCUUCAGUAUGUUUCUGUUGUUUACUGGAUGUUUUAGAGACAAAGGGCUUUGCCAUUAACCUUGUGUUUUUGGUUACACUGAUGUAAAUUGCAUGUUCAGUGGUACCCAAUGAGAAUAGUAAUACUUUUCACCCACCUUGCAUGUCUGUAAAUGGUUAUGCAAUGGAAGGUCAGGCCCAAGGAUCAGGCCUGCUCUGGCAUAUAGCUAUGAAACGAAAUGGCACCUACCUUCUAACUAAACAGAUGUGCUUCCCUGGUGUGUUCAGUCAGAGCUGCUGGCUCCUGUUACAAAAUAAGCAUUUAGUAUUUUUCACUUCGGAGCCAACAUGUCUGCAGGGAGGGGGAAGGAUUCUUUUCCUUCUCAUGUAUGAGGAACAGAUCUAUUUACCGUGCUCCAAUUAAACUCCAGCCAAGAUAACAGAUGGUCACUAAGGGCAUAAUUGGAAGACAAAUGGUGUUUCACAGGUGUAACUGAGGACAUAAUUUGGCCUGCAGAACUUUUGUUCCUGAGUAUGAUACACAAGAAAAAAACAGCUGAGCCUGACUCAGUUUUCGAGCCAAGCUAUAGGAAAAUACCUUUGUAAACUGCAAACAUUUUACAUAAAAUGACUGAAUCAACAGACACCAAACUCUGCAUGCCUGACAGAGAGCACCUUUUCAGAGAAGGAUUGCACUUCAACCAUUGGUGCUCCUCUGUUUAGAAACAGAAUCAAAUAAUGGCUGCAAAUUGUUGUGAAAUGCAGGUACCAGUGCACUGUGGGGAUACUGCAUUUGGAUAAUUCAGAAGGUGGAUUUGUCUUCAUUUCUCCCACUCUAUGAGACCAUAACUGACUUUUAUACCUUUGGGUGUCUCACUUAGUAGCAUCUGUCAUUUCACUCUUUACUGCCCUACUCUAUUUGCAUUAAUCUACAAAGACAUAUGAUAUCCAAGUAAUGGUGGAUACCAAUCAGACCCUAUUAUACAUUUUACUUACCCUCUCCUUCUCAGUGCUUUGGGGACACUGGUUCUUGACAUCCACAAGUGCAGAUAUUGAUGCCGCUUCAUGGAUAAACUUCUAAUGUGGCCCCCAAGCUUGGGUAUGCCUGGGUAGUUGUGCACUGCUCACCAAGCCACAGUAUCUACUAUAAUUAAAUACUCUAAACAUCUGAAAUAAUGUGGCUUAGUUUAACCAACACUGUUCAAUCUAAUUAUAUUGUUUAAUCUGAAACAAUAUCAAUUUAAUAAAUUGAACCAUGCCAGGUUUUUUCCUAUGGCUUUUGUAAUGGAGAACUGAUUUCUUCAGGGCAGAGCUGGUGUCUUCCUAUAUGUCAGUAUUAUGGGAGCCUUGAUUCUGACUGGAGCUUGUGGGUGCUACUGGACAACUAGUAUUUAAAAAUAAUAAUGUCAUGUUAAUUCCUUCUGACAAAUACACAAAAGCAAACCUUAUCUACAUUUUCUUUGCUUUUCUUCUUCCAAAGGAGUAUCAGAGUGAACAGGGUAGAUGGGGUUUUCAAAGGUAUUCAGCACUGGCCUGAUUCCACUCCCACCAAAUUUGAGGGAGGUUUUAUACUUGACUACAGAAGCUUUACCCUUGAAUUCAGCAUGACCAGAAUUGAACCAAUGUUGAGCCCUUUUGAGAAUCCCACCCUACCUGUCCAAAGAAUGAACAUGCCCAAGAAACUGAGGGGGGAGAUGAUGAUUAUUAGCAAAAAUACCUGGAAAAAUGUUUCUGAACACUAAGUUGCAUUUGCCCCGAUGAUUGGCUAUGAACGGUGUCACGCUCGAUGGGUUUUAGGCAAUCAUCUGUAGGAGAUUCUGCUUUCUUCCCUCCUCUCCUGCCAUUAGGUACCAGCAUUUCCACUGUAGCCAACCCUUAUAGGUAAGUAUUUGGAAGAACAAAUAUAGUUGCAAGCUAUAUCAAAUAGUCAUAUACAUUAUUUUGUGUCUAGACAUGACCAUUCCAAUGCUUUAGAAGAUCAUGGGGUUUUUUUAUUUUCUCAUUUAAUUUCCUUGCUGAUAUUUCAGCUUGUGUUCUUUUUUAUAGCUCUUCUGAAGACAGUGAAAUGUCCUGUUACUAGAUUCAGUCCUCCCAAUUCUUAUUUUUAGCUCUUAUUACAACAAAAUUCCUAUUAAUCCUAACAGCAGCUUUGCUUUAGUUACCACACAGAGAGUCCUGUGCACCAUGAAAAUGGAGUUUUUGAGUGAUUUAGAAAUUGUUUUUGUUUGCACAAUAUUGGCUUUUGGAGUUGGCUGUAUUACAUAUUUGACAUGUCUUGCAUUAGAACUUAAUUCCUCAGUUCACCAGCCCUUUAGGAUUUCCACUUUUCCUUGUUAUAUUUCUGCAGGUUUGGUCAUUUUGCAAGCAUUACACUAGCUAUAAGUGUAUUAGCUAAGAGCCUGUCCAAGCAAUUUUGACAUUAUCCUGCUCAAAAACAAUGUAUGGUAGGGAUUUAGAGCUUGAGGCUAAGUGCACUCCACAUACACAGCACACAUGAAGAUCAGUGGGCAUUCCACAAGUGCAACACUUGCCUUAUCUAUCUCUUAAGGUAUGUCUACCCAGCAGACUGAAGUGUAUUGAAGAGAGACUGACGCUAGCUUUGACUUGGCUUGGGCCCUGGAGAUGGCUGAGCCCUGACCUAGCUUUCGGUACAGGCUAGUUUACUCUGCUUCUUGGAAAAAAAUGACAUACCUGUCCUUCUUCUGUGCAUUACUUCUUUGCAAACAAGCCCAUGUAUUCUGAGCAAGAAAUGUCCAGUUCAGAAAGAAGGAGAAAUAGGAAUUAAACUAGCUCGAGCUGCAACAUCUUAUGGCUGUUGUCUCAAAUCCUGGGUGUCCUCUGUAUGGUCACAUUACAUGUUGUGGGUCAAGUUUUUUUUUUUUCCAUUUUGGCUAUAGCCUCAUUUGAUCACAUCAAAAGCCUUCACUCAGUUCUUCCACAGGCAAAACCUGCUGCAAGUGAAGUCUGUAGGAGAGUUGCCUGCAUAAAGAUGGAGAGAAGUCUAGGAUUUGGCCCAUUGCUGUGAUUCCUCUGGAUGUUGUAGAUAUUCCCAGGGUGAUACACAAAGCCCAACGUAUAAAUUGAAACCAAUAAACAGAGGUUGAAGGAGUGCAGUGCAUGUAGUCUGUGCUCCUAAGUAUAAUCAAUCCUUGUCCUUUUAUAAACUUCUAAAAUAUUUCUCAGUGUGACCAGGAUAAACGUUUCUCAUGUACCUGAGUUAUAUGACAGAUUCAGAAGAAUGACUCUUUCCUCACUGACGAUGCUUUCCUAUCUGUCAACUGUUUUCCUCUGUACAUAUGACCUGCAGAUCUAUGGAAGUCCUACCAGCAUUGGUUUGUAUUUUUAAGGCUGUACUGGUGUGUGAUGGUAUUGUGUUUUAGUAGUGGCAUCUUUGUUGUACGAUGUAAAAACAAUUUAAAAUAACUUCUUUUAUUAUUGUUCAACCUAAAGACACAGCACCAAGAAAUGCAUGUUUCUGUUCAGUAGAAUCAACCUUUUUCUUUUCUGGUUAGCAAUAGCUGCAUGGGAUGCAGUUGUUUUCUGUGGUGUACAAAACCUGCAUUCUUCUUUUAAUAGGGGUUAGUUUCAAAAUGUCACAAACUCUUCCAGUGCAGUCUGUUUUUCUGCAUUUAUCUCACAGAUACAAACUUUUUUGAUCACACAUGCUGUGUUGUUCUCACUGCUAUAUAACUGCAGCCAGGCUUGCAGGAGGAGGGCAAGACACAGCAGGCUCUCCCAUGAACCUAUAAUCAAUAGUCCCAUGUGAAGCUUAUAGCAAAGAGUAUCUCAUCCCUCCAGAUAUGCUGCCAAGACCAGCUUGUGCAGACUUUUUAUCAGUCAGUCACAUUUUUGCUCUUGGUUUCCCCUCAGAGACUGUUGACUACAUCAAAAUUAAUUUGAUGUGUUGCAGACUUAGGUUGGCCCAGUUUAGUCCUUUUCUUCUUAAUGAUGAGGGUAACUGCUAAAACUAUAACUUAAAAUACGGUUGGUCUUGAACUGUAAAUUCUGGGUCUGAGUCCCACUUGGGGCAUUUAGAUCUAGCUAGGGUGUUAGCUCAGCUCAUCAAAGAUGGCAAUAUUUUGAUGUUUAGAUCCACUUCCCUUUAAAGUUUGCUUGGAUCCAGGACUGUGGUACAACCAACCUCUGUAGUUACCACCCAGUUUCUGAGAAGGGUGGGAAUCCAUUUUAUAGUCAGGCCCAGGAGAAGGUGUCCUGUAUUUCAGGAGUGGUUUUAAGGGUGAAGCAUUUUAAAAUGCUGACUAAAAUUUAGCAAAUAUGUUUGUCCUUGCUAUUUGAACACUCGCCAAACAGCAUUGUGUGGUUAAAAAAGAUACAUUUGUAACAAGGUUUUUUUCAGUGCCAAACACAUGAACAGUAUUGUUUGAAGGGAAAUACAAUUUUUUACUGUAAUGUUAUUAAUGUUGAACAAGUAUUGUUUUUAAAUGUUAGAUUUUGAAGACUUUUGUAUUGUAAACUGUUUUGUGACACGGUGCUUUUUCAUACUGGAAUUACCGAUUGCACCUAACUAUGAAUUAUAAUGUUUUCUUAUAUAAAUACGUAACCAUGAACAAUCUUUAUGACAAACCAGUGUAUGGCGAAUACCCAAGAUUCAAACAAAUUCUCCAACUGAGACCCCCUAAAUGUUCUUUCCCACUAAUAAAUAUUCUGCUGGAGCUA